AUGGAGCUCCGAACAAUCCUCUUCAUAGUUGUUGCCUGGAUACUCUACAACAUCUAUCAACGCCGCAAAGCAGCCGCCACACCAAUGGAGUCCCACGGAAAAGUCACCAACAUUGACAAUGAGGUCAUCUUCAAGGCCCUUAUCUCCUCCGGUCCAACGGUCAUCGAUUUCUACGCUACAUGGUGCGGACCCUGCAGAGCCGUCGGUCCCCAGGUUGGAAAACUGAGCGAGAAGUACGACAAGGUGCGCUUUAUCCAGGUCGAUGUUGAUAAGAUGGGAAGUGCGGCUCGUCAGUUCAGCGUUACUGCUAUGCCCACCUUUGUUGUACUGAAUGGUGGUGCUGAGGUGGAGCGCGUUGUUGGUGGUGAUAUCCGCAAGCUGGAUGCUGCUAUUCAGAAGGUCUCGCCAUAA